AUGUCCAACAGCAGCUCCAUGGCCCAGUUCCUCCUCCUGGCAUUGGCAGACAGGCGGGAGCUGCAGCUCCUGCACUUCUGGCUCUUCCUGGCCAUCUCCCUGGCUGCCCUCCUGGCCAACGGCCUCAUCCUCAGCGCCGUAGCCUGCGACCACCACCUGCACACCCCCAUGGGCUUCUUCCUGCUCAACCUCUCCCUCACAGACCUGGGCUGCAUCUGCACCACUGUCCCCAAAGCCAUGCACAACUCCCUCUGGGACACCACAACUAUCUCCUACACAGGAUGUGCUGCACAUCUCUUUUUCUUUUAUUUCUUCAUGUCAACAGAGUUUUCCCUCCUCACCAUCAUGUGCUACGACCGCUACGUUGCCAUCUGCAAACCCCUGCACUACGGGACCCUCCUGGACAGCAGAGCUUGUGCCCACAUGGCAGCAGCUGCCUGGGCCACUGGCUUUCUCAUUGCUCUGUUGCACACAGCCAGUACAUUUUCCCUGCCCCUGUGCCAGGGCAAUGCCCUGGGCCAGUUCUUCUGUGAACUCCCACACAUCCUCAAGCUCUCCUGCUCACACUCCAACCUCAGGGAAGUUUGGUUUCUUGUGGUUAGUUGCUGUUUAGGGUUUGGUUGUUUUGUUUUCAUUGUUUUCUCCUAUGUGCAGAUCUUCAGGGCUGUGCUGAGGAUCCCCUCUGAGCAGGGAAGGCACAAAGCCUUUUCCACGUGCCUCCCUCACCUGGCUGUGGUCUCCCUGUUCCUCAGCACUGGCAUGUUUUCCCACCUGAAGCCCCCCUCCAUUUCCUCCCCAUCCCUGGAUCUGGCCCUGUCAGUUCUGUAUUCGGUGGUUCUUCCAGCACUGAACCCUCUCAUCUACAGCCUGAGGAACCAGGAGCUCAAGGAUGCCAUGAGGAAACUGGUGGCUGGAUUUAGAGGCAAUAAUAAAGUGUGUCUUCUUCUGCAGAGCAUGCAGAAGGUAACUACAAUCUGAGCUUUUUCUCUUCUAUUUAUUCUUCUUUUCUUUUGUGCAUUUUCUUAUUCUUUUUCAACUUUUAUAUUAUCCACAAAUCAGUGGCAUUGCUCAUAAAUUUCUACAUCAAUAUCUACCAUCCUUCUCUAAUCCAAGGGCUUUCAAUAGGCUUGUUCU